AUGGCCCUUCCAGCCUGGAACAUCCUCUGCGGCAAGACCGCUGCCAUUCGGUGGGCACAACCGGGUUUGGACGCGCCAUCGCCCUCGAAUACAUCCGACAAGGAUGUCGAGUCACUACGAAAACAGGGAGCAAGCGCUGGAGAAGUCCUUGAGAUAGUGGGCGAUGUGACGGACUUAAAGACGUCAACGGCACUGAUCGAUGAAGCAGUCAAGCGCUGGGGAAAGCUGGACGCUUUUGUCGCGAAUGCGGGUGUUUUCAGGCAGGCUGAGCUGUUCGAACUCGAGCCCGAUCUCCUCAACCACAGCCUUGAUGUGAAUGUGAAAGGCACCUUCUACUCGUGCCGGUCCGCCGCCCGCCAAAUGGUCAAGCGGGGCCACGGAGGCUCCAUCAUCGCCAUCUCCUCGGUGAGCGCGCUAGUUGGUGGUAGGCUACAGACGCCCUAUACUCCCACGAAGGCGGCAGUACUCUCACUCAUGCAAUCUAGGGCUAUCGCACUAGGGAAACACAAGAUCCGGUGCAACGCGCUGCUGCCCGGGACGAUCAUCACGCAACUGGCAGAUCACGAUAUAAAAGAUCCAGCGAAGAAGGCGUAUCUGGAAGCGAGGAUUCCGUUAGGGAGGGUUGGCGAGCCGGAAGGCAUGACAGGGCCAGCAGUGUUCUUGGCGAGCGAGGAGAUGAGCCGGUUCGUCAAUUGGAGUGGCCUGCUGGAGGAUGGGGGAAUGUUUUGUAACCUGCAGUAG